UAUACCUGUCAGCUACUACUUUCAAAUUUCAGCGAUUAAUAAUUGGUAUUUUCCUAUAAUGUGUACUGUUUGUCUGUUUAUUUUUGACGUUGUUUGUUUUAAGUUAAAUUAACUAUGUCAAAUGCCACGCUAUUUUCUUUUGAAGUCACGUGUUAAUAAUGUAAAAUUUGUUGAGAUUUUAUAUUCUGUUCACUACACCAAUUAAGAUACAACCAUGUUGCGAAGGUUUGCUCGUGGCGAAAUUAAGCAGCAGGUUUUGCCAGGUUCAGAUACUCGAAGUACUAUUCCGCGAGGAUUGCCUAUAUUAAAUCAACCACCAGAACAAAACUAUGAAUUGGAUUGUGAAGCCCAAAAAUAUGAAAAUGGUGAUCCAGAAGAAUUUUUUGAACAGGAAGCUCAAAGAUAUGGUGUGGCUUCCAAUAUGAGUUGUGUCGAAAGUAUUACCUAUGUAGGUGGAUGCUUAGAAGAAUUGAGAGAUUUAGAGUCUGAUGAAUUACAUCUUUUUGAAAACUACAAGUAUAAAGAUUCUUCAGAUUCCUCAAAUACUUUGCAAAUUGCCAAGUUUAAGGAAAAGAUUAUUCAAACUGUCAAUUCAAACAGUACAGUAUUAAUAACUGGAGUAACUGGAUGUGGUAAAAGUACACAAGUACCGCAGUUUAUUUUAGAUGACUGUAUGACAAGAAAGAAACACUGUAACAUAAUUGUGACUCAACCCAGACGUAUAGCCGCUAUUUCAGUUGCUAAACAAGUAAAUAAAGAGCGUCGUUGGAGAAAUGGGCUUUUUGUUGGUUAUCAAGUAGGACGCAAAAGAGAUUAUGAUCCAUUUACUACAAAAAUUUUGUACUGUACUACGGGCAUUUUAUUACAAAAAAUAAUCAAAGCCAAAAAUCUUUCCGAGUUUACACAUAUUAUUUUGGAUGAAGUUCAUGAAAGAACUCUAGAAAUGGAUUUCUUAUUAUUGGUGAUAAAAAAACUAAUGAGGACAAAUUCAAAAUCUGUUCGAGUGAUCUUAAUGUCGGCAACUGCGGAAGCAUUCAAGUUGUGCGAUUACUUUGGCGAGUACUACGGGCCACCUCAUAAUAGAAAUGUUCCUGCACAAGCAAUUAAUGUCUCCAAAACAUUCAAACAUAAAAUUUACAAAUAUUAUUUAAAUGAUUUGUUUCAAUCAAUUCAUUAUGCUUCCAAAAUGAAUUUAAGUAAGCCCCAGAUAGAAGAAGCUGGUUACUUGACAGCAGUUAAUUUAAUUAAAGAGUUUGACAAAAUGGAAUUGGAGGAUACCCACAAAAACGCUUCUGUUUUAGUAUUUUUACCUGGAAUCUAUGAAAUAGAAGAAAUGCAUAGACUUAUGGAAGUUGCCAUCGAGACUGAAAAAUUUAAAUGGACAUUAAUCCCAUUGCACUCGUCCAUUACAAGUGAAGAACAAGAUCGCGUGUUUGAUAUUCCGCCAAUGGGACAUCGUAAAAUAAUAUUAUCAACAAAUAUUGCCGAAAGCUCUAUAACAGUUCCAGAUAUUAAAUUUGUAAUCGACUUUUGUUUAAUGAAACAAUUAAAAAAUGAACUGAGAUCAAACUACUCCAUGCUGGUUAUGACAUGGGCAUCAAAAAGUAAUUGUGAUCAAAGAGCAGGAAGAGUUGGCCGUGUUGCUGAGGGAAGAGUGUAUAGACUUGUUCCUAAAAGCAUGUAUGAUAAUGAAUUUGAAGCUGAAGAGAAACCAGAAAUGUUACGAUGUUCAUUAAGUCGUAUUAUACUUAUGUCGAAAGUUUUAGAUAUGGGACCACCUCUUAUGCUCCUUAAAACAGCAAUGAGCCCACCGGACCUAAAAAACGUUAAUCUUACUAUACUUACUCUUAAACAGGUUGGAGCACUAUUGCCUACUGUAAGUGGAAUGAUUUCUCCAUUUGAUGGGGAUAUUACAUUUAUGGGCAAAGUAAUGGCUACAUUACCACUUGAUCCGCCAAUGGCAAAGUUGAUUUAUUUUAGUUACAUAUUUAACAUUCUUGAUGAUGGAAUAAUAAUGGCUUGUGGUUUAUCGUUGAAAAGUAUAUUUAGUCAGCCUUUUAAAGAACGAUUAGGAGCAUAUACACAAAAGUUAAUUUGGGCUAAUAACUCGUGCAGUGAUCCGGUUGCUUAUAUUUCAGCUUUUAAGAGCUGGCUUCAAAGGAAACCAGAGUUCGAUUAUAAUAGAUCAACUGAAAAAUUAUGGGCUCGUCAAAACUUUAUUCAAUUAUCUGCGAUUCGCGAAUUAUAUGACCUUACUGAUGAUGUUAGCGAUAGAUUAAGUAGAUCGUUUCAUAUUAGAAGAAAUUCAGGUAAUAUGAAAUGGGAACACAAAGAAGAACAAGCAUUGGUCCUUAAGGUUAUAUUGGCUGGAUCGUUUUAUCCAAAUUUUUUUGUGCGCGGAACAAGCAAUAGAUUGGAUCCACAUGAAGUAAGUAAAUUAAUGGAUGGUAAAGUUCCCGGUAAUACGGUAUAUUUCACUGGAUUUCCCGAUGAUCAACCUAAAAUGCUGUACAAGGAAGCUAUUGAAAAUUUGUUCCCUGCUAAAUAUGUUGGAAAACCAAAAGCUUUAUUUAAUGAUACUAACAAAGUUUUUGUUGAAUUUCAAGAAGUUGGUGAUACGCGACGGAUUCAUAAAAGAAAAUUAGUACCAGACAAUGUGUGUUUUGGCGUUUAUGUGGCUUUGAAAAUGAAACGAUUAAAUUUUGAUUUUAGAAUACCAUUAUUAAAUCCAGCAGAUGCUGCAAAAGAAUACGAAAAAAUGCAAAAAGAAGAAGCCAAACAACAAAGUUUAGGACAAAAUAAGUUGCCCGUGUAUUCAAGUCCAGUCAAUAAAAUAAAAGAUGAUGAAAAAUUUAUUAAUGUUCAGAUAUCGUUUGUGGAAUCAUUUGGGCGUUUUUGGGUACAUUUGAUUGACAGAGACAGAAAAAAAAAUUUCAUGGACAUGUGGGCUCUUGUAAAUAGUGCAGAUUUGUAUGAAACCAAUAUGAUCAAAUCAAAACCAAACUCAUUGAAAAUAGAAGAAAUUUAUGUUGUGUCUUAUGAUGAAUAUAUGUAUAGAGCUCAACUUGUUAGUAUUACAAAUGAUCCACAACAAAAAUUUAAGUUUAUGUUGAUUGAUUUUGGUGAGUCUGUAGAGUUGAGCAUUGAUAAAGUGUUUGACUUUGCAAAUGACUCGUUUAAAAAAAGUGUUCUUAAAAUACCAAAAUUAGCUAUUGAAUGUAGAUUUGCCAACAUUCGUCCUGCGUUGAAUGGAAAGCCUGUAUCCAAAUGGUGUAAUGAAGCUAAUGAGAUGCUUAGUAAAUAUUAUAAAGACUCUAGUAAGGAAAUUUUAGAGGGAAAUAUUUAUUCCAUUGUAAAAAAUGUAAUGGUGUUCGAAAAUUUAAAAACUAAAGAGUAUACAUUCCCUGAAUAUUUUCUUGCAAGAAAAAUGGCAUUGAAAUCCGAAGAACCCUACGAAUCCAAAGAAAAUAACAGGAUUCGUUUUCACACGUACCAAAAUUUUGGAUCAUCGACUUCUAAUCAAAAUCAAUAUAAAAGCAUCAAUUUGCAGUCACUGUCUUUGGGUGGACAACAUUCAACACUUGCUCUUAAGGGCCCUAUUAACCCACUUGAAAUAACAGUUCGUGGCAUCAACCGCCAUACCGAAUCCAAAAUAGUUUCUAUCGAGAGCCAAUCUGUCAAUUCAAUAUUGUUGGAUACAGCAUAUCCACAUGAUUACUAUGAAAGAUUAUUUGUUGCUGGAAAUGUGUCCGUUAACGAAACUGAAAAAAUAACUUUGUGGGAUACGACAAUGAUGCCCAGCAUGGCCGGGAUACCUGCUAUUAUCUGUAUGAUAUUCUCUCCUUCUGUUGAAAUAAGGUGUAAUAUAUCGUACACAAAAAUGAUAGGCGCUAUUUGUGGGUUGGGAUAUGAUCCGAAAAAUGCAAGACCUUUGUUUGCGGAAAACGACAUCGAAAUCACAUUUGACACUGUCAUUGAUCAAACAAUGUUGGAAAAAAUAAAUACUGUGAGGAUGCUAUUGAAUAAAUGUGUAAAUCCAGAAGAUGACGAAGGACCAGGUGAAAUUUUCGAAGUACAGCAUAAAUUAAAAAAUGAGUUGAUCCAAAUUUUUAGUACUGAAGCUAAGCCCAAGGCACCAGAAUCAGUACCUUUGAGCCGAAAAUAUAUGUGGGGACUUAUUCCCAAUUCGAAACAACAGAUGCCGUAUUGUGAAGAAAGCCCUGUUGAUCAUCCCAUGGCUGGUUCAGAUGUUUAUAAAUUAUUGUGGGGUGUUAAAUUGGAAUCCAAACUCAUUAAUGUGGAAUGUAAAGAAUUGUUGAACAAGUUGUGUAAAGUUAAAAGAUUACAAGAUAAUAUUGAUUUUAACUAUCGUACGUGUGAAGUAAUUAACGAAGAACUUUUUUGUCCAUUAUGUAAUUAUACAUUUACAAGUAAUGUGACCAUGUUAAGCCAUUUUAAACACAAAUUACACGUUGACCAUUAUAAUAAAGCCAAAGAGGAAUUGCAAAGAUCUUACACUGGUCCAUAUGAAGACAUAAAACAUCUUUAAUUUAUGUUUAUCUCAAUGAAAUUAUAUUUUAAGUAAUUGAUUCUUAUUUACAUGUAUAUUUACACAUAUAGUUAACAGUUAAAGUUGACAAGAAAAUGUAUUUGCCUUUGUAUUAAAUUUUCGAUUAAAAGCUGUUUUUUUAUUUUGUAAUAUCUAUUAUCUAUGGAUAAACGCAACUGUUGAAUAUUAUAUCUCUUAGGCGUUAGAGGGUUAAUUGUCUGACUGCAAAAAGCAAGUGAUUUUUUUUUUAUAUAUUUACAAUUAACAUUUAAAAUUGACAAAAAAAAAAUAAUUGUUUUUUUUUUUUUAUAUUGUUUAAUUUUCUAAUAAAAAUUGUUAUUCAUUUUGUAUCUCUGUAUUUAUAUGAUUUGUUUGUCAAAAAUGUAAUUUCUUAACUGUUUAUUAUUUACUUCAGUUUCAUUAUCAACUUUCUCGUACAGUAUAAAUCCUAUCAAUAAAAGUAAACCACUUUUGUAUGUAAAUCAAGUGGCAAUAUUGUAUGAUAAAUAGGGGAUAAGUAAUACCAAUUGUAAAUAAGUUGUGAACUUUUAAUAAUAAAUAACUAUAUAAGAUUCAGCAUCAAGCCAAUAAAUAAAGAAAAUGCUUAAACUUUGUAACAAAAAGAAUCAAAAUUAUGCAUAGUUUUAUAACAUUAAACUGCAGUAAAUAUUUAAUUAAUAACUUAAGCAACAAUAUGUAAACUAUAAAUUCUAAAUUCACACAAAUGAAAAAAAAGUAAAUAAUGUGUCAAAUAUUCUCUGGUUAUACUUAUAUAACAAUUUUUUUUUUUUUCAUAAAUUAAACACUUAUUCUAUAAUAUUGGUUCAUACUUGCAACGCUUUUUUUUCUUAUUUUUUGACUUGUGACUUCCAUUUUC